AUGCCAGCAAUUAUGACCAUGUUAGCAGACCAUGCAGCUCGACAGCUGCUGGAUUUCAGCCAGAAGUUGGACAUCAACCUUUUGGACAAUGUUGUGAAUUGCUUAUACCACGGAGAAGGAGCUCAGCAAAGAAUGGCACAGGAAGUCCUGACCCACUUAAAAGAGCAUCCUGAUGCCUGGACAAGAGUUGACACAAUUCUUGAGUUUUCACAGAAUAUGAACACCAAAUACUAUGGUCUGCAGAUAUUGGAAAAUGUGAUCAAAACAAGGUGGAAAAUUCUUCCUCGGAAUCAAUGUGAAGGUAUAAAGAAAUAUGUUGUUGGACUGAUCAUCAAGACUUCUUCAGAUGCAACAUGUGUAGAGAAAGAAAACGUGUACAUUGGGAAGCUAAAUAUGAUUCUUGUCCAGAUACUGAAGCAAGAAUGGCCCAAACACUGGCCUACAUUCAUCAGUGACAUUGUAGGAGCCAGUAAAACUAGUGAGAGCCUUUGUCAGAAUAACAUGGUGAUUUUAAAACUUUUAAGUGAAGAAGUUUUUGACUUUUCUAGUGGACAGAUUACACAAGUGAAAGCCAAACAUUUGAAAGACAGCAUGUGUAAUGAGUUCUCAAAGAUAUUUCAGCUCUGUCAAUUCGUCAUGGAAAACUCCCAAAAUGCUCCACUUGUCCAUGCAACUUUGGAAACACUUCUCAGAUUUCUUAACUGGAUUCCAUUGGGAUAUAUAUUUGAGACUAAACUGAUAAGCACAUUAAUUUAUAAGUUCUUAAAUGUUCCAAUGUUCCGAAAUGUGUCUUUAAAAUGUCUCACUGAAAUAGCUGGAGUUAGUGUCAGCCAGUACGAGGAGCAGUUUGUAACACUCUUCACUUUGACAAUGAUGCAACUAAAGCAGAUGCUGCCUCUGAACACAAAUAUUCGUCUUGCAUAUGCCAAUGGGAAAGAUGAUGAGCAGAACUUUAUUCAGAACCUCAGCUUGUUCCUAUGUACUUUUCUUAAAGAACAUGGACAACUUGUAGAAAAGAGGCUGAACCUGAGAGAAACUCUGAUGGAGGCUCUACACUACAUGUUGCUGGUAUCAGAAGUAGAAGAAACAGAAAUAUUCAAAAUCUGCCUUGAGUAUUGGAACCAUUUAGCAGCAGAGUUAUACAGGGAGAGCCCUUUUUUUUCCACGUCGGCAUCCCCACUUCUUUCUGGCAGUCAACAUUUUGAUGUUCCCCCCAGGAGACAGCUCUAUUUGCCAGUUCUGUCAAAGGUGCGUUUAUUGAUGGUUAGUCGAAUGGCAAAACCAGAAGAAGUUUUGGUUGUAGAGAAUGAUCAGGGUGAAGUGGUUCGGGAGUUUAUGAAGGACACAGAUUCCAUCAAUUUGUAUAAAAACAUGAGAGAAACUUUGGUUUACCUCACCCAUUUAGAUUAUGCAGACACAGAACGAAUUAUGACUGAGAAACUACAUAACCAAGUAAAUGGGACAGAGUGGUCAUGGAAAAAUCUGAAUACUUUGUGUUGGGCUAUUGGUUCAAUCAGUGGGAGCCAUGCAUGAAGAAGAUGAGAAGAGGUUUCUAGUUACAGUCAUCAAAGAUCUUCUUGGUCUUUGUGAGCAAAAACGUGGCAAAGACAACAAAGCUAUCAUUGCAUCCAACAUCAUGUACAUCGUGGGGCAGUAUCCAAGGUUUUUGAGAGCCCACUGGAAAUUUCUAAAGACAGUUGUAAACAAACUAUUUGAAUUCAUGCAUGAGACCCAUGAUGGUGUGCAAGAUAUGGCAUGUGAUACAUUUAUUAAGAUCGCUCAGAAAUGUCGCAGGCAUUUUGUUCAAGUUCAAGUUGGUGAAGUAAUGCCAUUUAUUGAUGAAAUUCUAAACAACAUAAAUACCAUAAUUUGUGAUCUUCAGCCUCAACAGGUUCACACCUUCUAUGAAGCUGUGGGUUAUAUGAUAGGAGCUCAGACAGAUCAACCUGUACAGGAGCAUUUGAUAGAAAAAUAUAUGCUUCUUCCUAACCAAGUAUGGGACAGUAUUAUUCAACAAGCCACGAAGAAUGUUGACAUAUUGAAAGACCCGGAAACAGUCAAACAACUUGGAAGCAUAUUAAAAACAAAUGUAAGAGCAUGUAAAGCUGUCGGACACCCCUUUGUUAUUCAGCUUGGAAGAAUCUAUCUGGAUAUGUUAAACGUUUACAAGUGCCUAAGUGAAAAUAUUUCUGCAGCUAUUCAGGCAAAUGGGGAGAUGGUUACAAAGCAGCCUCUGAUACGCAGUAUGAGAACAGUUAAAAAGGAAACCUUAAAGCUAAUAUCGGGCUGGGUUAGCAGAUCGAAUGACCCACAGAUGGUUGCAGAGAACUUUGUUCCUCCUUUGCUGGAUGCAGUUCUGAUUGAUUAUCAAAGAAAUGUGCCAGCUGCCAGGGAGCCUGAAGUACUCAGCACAAUGGCUACUAUUGUAAACAAGCUAGGAGGCCAUAUUACAGCUGAAAUACCUCAGAUAUUUGAUGCUGUGUUUGAAUGCACGUUAAACAUGAUAAAUAAGGACUUUGAAGAGUACCCAGACCACAGGACAAACUUCUUUUUGCUUUUACAAGCUGUAAAUUCCCACUGCUUCCCUGCUUUCCUGGCCAUACCUCCAGCACAGUUUAAGUUGGUUUUGGACUCCAUAAUUUGGGCUUUCAAACACACUAUGCGAAAUGUUGCAGAUACAGGAUUACAGAUUCUUUAUACUUUAUUACAAAACGUUGCUCAAGAAGAAGCUGCAGCGCAGAGUUUCUAUCAAACCUAUUUCUGUGACAUUCUUCAGCACAUCUUUUCUGUAGUGACGGAUACUUCACACACUGCUGGGUUAACGAUGCAUGCUUCAAUUCUGGCAUACAUGUUUAACUUGGUAGAAGAAGGAAAAAUAAGCACACCGCUGAAUCCUGCAGCUCCACCCAAUAAUCAGCUAUUUAUUCAAGACUAUGUAGCUAACCUAUUAAAGUCAGCAUUUCCUCAUCUGCAAGAUGCUCAAGUUAAACUUUUUGUGACUGGUCUCUUCAGUUUAAAUCAAGAUAUUCCUGCUUUUAAAGAACACCUUAGGGAUUUCCUUGUACAGAUUAAGGAGUUUGCUGGUGAAGACACUUCAGACUUGUUUCUGGAAGAAAGGGAAACAGCGCUUCGGCAAGCCCAGGAAGAAAAACACAAACUUCAGAUGUCCGUUCCUGGCAUACUUAAUCCACAUGAGAUUCCUGAAGAAAUGUGUGAUUAG